UUUCAUCCUAUCGUAUACAUGCACUGCACCAGAAAACCUGUUCACGUGCUUAUUAAUUUUAUAUCAGCCUUCGUAUUAACUAUUUAACUUUAAUGUCUUCCAUCACAUGCGCACUCAAAAAAAAAAAAAAAAAAAAAGACGAAGAAAAAAAAGGCAUGUUAAAAACGCUUUCUCUUCAUCUUUUUAAUUGGGUAAUUAAAACAACGUUCGCGUUUACACGAUGCUUGAUGUUUUCCUCAGAAACCCUGGAAUAGAACGUAGAACUUAAAUAAAUCUCUCUCUCUUGUCUUAAAUUAAAAGUUUUUUAUGAUAGGCAAACUAUUACAAAAACGCAGAGGCAAAUUACCUGUAUGUGGUAGGCUAUUUAAUUAUUUGUCGGACUGAAACUCUGCCCUCCAUUUUGAUGGAGGUGUAUGAGUAGUGAGACGCCGCCUUUUUGUUGUAGGUUUUCUUUUCUCUCUCUCUCUCUAUGUGAAGAGCUCUCUGAAUAUUAUUUUCAGACAUGUUGCGUUUUAUGCUUCCAGACUGUUUGGGUUAUUAACGAAUAUGCUGGUUUAUGCAUUUCUCUGUUUUUGUUUAUGGCUUUUGGGAGGUUUUGAAAACUUCGACACAGAAAUGUUGAAGAAAACAAACAAAAAAACAAAACGUGGCUUUAAUGUCAUAAUUAAAUUACUUCUUUAAAUUUACAGAUUUUUUUUUUAAAUAAAAAGAGAUAUAAAUAAAUAAAUAAAACUUUAUUUAUACACGAGUCAUCAAUGUCAACUUCAUUAAACUGUUAAACCUUUUGCAGAUGUAGUGCUGACAGAGUCAAAUGCUCCCUUCCUGAAUCCAUUCUUUUUGAAACAGAUCUCAAGCCCACCAACAGUAAACAGUGUGUCUGAUACAGAUAAAACAGAGAUGAUAUCAGUGAUGGAGGGAGGUUCUGUCACUCUAAACACUGCUGUUACUGAAAUACAGACAAAUCAUCUAAUACUGUGGACAUUUAGACUCCAAAAUUCAGAGACUUCUAUCGCUGAAAUCUAUAAGCAUAUCAUCUCUGUAUAUGAUAUUGGUGAGAAUGAGAGAUUCAGAGACAGACUACAGAUAGAUAAUCAGACGGGAUCUCUGACCAUCACAAACAUCAACAAUGUACACUCUGGACUUUAUAAACUACUCAUCAAGAAUGAAAGGGUCAAAUACAAGACUUUCAAUAUUGCUGUCCAUGGUAUUCUGCCUGUUCCUGUCAUUAUCAGAGACUCUUCACAAAAUUCUUCAUCAUCAUCAGGUUCAUCAGUGUCCAGAUGUGUGCUGCUGUGUUCAGUGGUGAAUGUGAGUCAUGUGACUCUCUCCUGGUUCAAAGGAAACAGUUUAUUGUCCAGCAUCAGUGUGUCUGAUCUCAGCAUCAGUGUCUCUCUUCCUCUGGAGGUGGAAUAUCAGGAGAAAAACACCUACAGCUGUGUGAUCAACAAUCCCAUCAGAAACCAGACCAAACAUCUGGACAACAGUGAACUUUGUCAGCCAAGUUCAGAAUCCAACCAAACUUCACUUCUUCUUGUUGUGUUGCUGUUGGUCUUGCUGCUGCUAGUGGUCCCAGCUGUAGCUGUGUUGAUCUGUCGCCGCAGAAACUACACACAAGCGAAACAAGAAGCUCAGAGUAAUGAGGAGGAGGAGGUUUAUUAUACUGAUGCGACAUUUAUUAAACAGAGAGAUCAGGAUACGGAAACUAAUGCACACGAUCGGACGGUGUAUUCAGAAGUUGUUUUGAGACGAUGAUCAUGUAGACUGUAUUAUCAUACAGCUCGGUUUAUUACAGGGCAGAGCAUGUUGAGGUGUAUGUCAGUGUGUAGUAAAGCUCAAAACCCCAGUUAAACUGCAAAUGCACUGGUUGUAGCUCUGUUUGCUACAAAUGGCUAAAUCUCGGCAUUUAAUUUAAGUAAUUUCUAAAAGAAUUUGAUCUUUAUGAAGUAAGACCACAUUUCAGGGGUUUUCAUAUACUCAUACACAAAUACAAAAAGGUCAAAUGUGUUCAGUACUGUAGGAUGCUUGUAUAAUCGUUGAGCUAAUGGCUCCCUCUGCAGACUCUUUGUGAGACUUACAGGAUGGUAUAAUGGGUUUGGCUCUCUGCUGGUAGAUAACCAUCUGUGGGACAAAAAGCUAAAUUUUCAAAAUGAAGGAAAAUGAAUUUUGGUAACUUUCAAAAUUUCAAAUGACUGCCUUUGACCAAAAUGACCAUGAACACAGGUCAUUUUUAAUUUAUUGCUGCCUACCAAUAUUUCUAAAUUAUCUGUUCAAGAUGAUAAACCCAGAUACUUUUGAUUAUUUAUGUCAUUAUGAUGUAUCUGUAUAUUUUAAUUUAAUGUAAUCAGCAAGCAAGAAGUUUCUAUGAGCAUUCGGUAGGUAGUGAAUGCUUCGGUCCAGGUACUUAGCCUACAUGUGAUACAUUUACUCAUAUGAAGUUUUUAUUUUUCUGAAGAAAGGUGUAAUGUAAAACACAGUAAAUAGUGCACUAUUUAACUUUUUUUUUUUUUAUGCAUAGUUAUCAGUAUUAUCUAUGUCUGUGUAAAGCAGAUAAUUUAUGGACACCAGAUGAAGCUCUCGAAGUAAUGUCAAUACAUCUGAAUGAAUAUCUCCUGACAAACCCAGUUCAGGUGAUUUAACGUCACUGAUGAAUUGAGUUUUAUCUUUAUUCAAAACGUUUGAAUGUAAGAAUUUUAGUAAUGCACUGAAGUCUAUAUAAAUGCUGCCUGUCACCUUUUUUGCUUCACUUAAGUUCUUUAGUACUUGAUAUUUUUAGGCUGUUGAAGUGAUUUGUUUUUUACUGAACAAGCAUUAUUAAACAUUCUCUCUGCACUGAUUAUUUUUUUGUCUCUUUAUGCCACAGUAAUGCAGAGGAUUGUCAUGUUCAAUGAAAUUCAUAUAAACUUAUUCAUGGAAAAAAUGUUUAAUUCUAUUUUUUAUGAAUCCCAGGAUCAGAUGUUGUUUUCGGUCAUAAGAUUGGAUUCUGUUGUUUGUCUGUUACAACACUGAUCGUGUGGAUGAAGUUAUAAGUUGUUUAAAUACAGUGUUCAGUUGUAUUUAACAUCAUAACCUUAACAUCAUGCAUAAGUGUACAUUGGCUUAUUCUGCAAGUAAAAGUGAUAAAAUAACCAAAUGAUAAAAUGUUUAUGCAUAUAUGUUAAAAAAUAAAUAUCUUAAAAAAUAGAUAAAAAAUCUGAAAUAUAAAGUUGUAAUGCAUAUAUACUAGAUCAUUUCUGUUUGAUUACAAAUGUUAAGGAAAAUGUGUUAAAAUUUCAGUGUGUUUUUAUUUGAGUGGUUAACUGAUUUCUACAAUCUAUUCAUGAAUAAACCUCAUUACAGUUAGACAUUUAUUUAUUUUUGUCGAAUUCACUAAACUGUUCAAACUUGUGCAGAUGUAUUGUGAACACAGCAGCACAUUCAAUCAAGUACUCCCUCCAAGAAUCCAGAAUUUAAUGUGAAAUAUUACAGAAGUCAUGUACUCUA